UGUGCCAGUCCCGGCAGACCACACGCACACACACAGUAUGCUUAGUGGAAAACAAAGCCUCUAGCACUGCCAGUUGAAGACGAUCCCUGCCUCCGCGCUCUGUGCGUCCGUACGUAGCAUGUGCUGUUCUGAUGCUGCCAAGACGGAAAGGCAUGACUCCGCCAUCGCCUGGGCUUUUCGGAAAGGGACGUUUUCACAGGGGCACCAGCGGCUGAUUUCUGCCUUUUGAUGGGAUAAUUUUGUUUCUUCUGAUGGUGAAGAGUUGAAAUGCUGGCAGAGCGCAGAGAGAACAGCAGGGCUGCCUUUGCCCUGACAAAGCCGCUCAAGAUGAACAUGGUGAAAAGGAUCAUGGGGCGGCCGCGGCAGGAGGAGUGCAGCCCGCAGGACAACGCGCUCGGCCUGAUGCACCUGCGGCGCCUCUUCUCCGAGCUGUGCCACCCUCCUCGUCACAUGACCCAGAAGGAGCAGGAGGAGAAGCUCUACAUGAUGCUUCCUGUGUUUAACAGGGUUUUUGGGAAUGCUCCGCCCAGCAGCAUGAUGGAGAAGUUCUCCGACCUGCUGCAGUUCACCACCCAGGUGUCCCGACUCAUGGUGACCGAGAUCAGACGCAGAGCCUCCAACAAAUCCACAGAAGCCGCCAGUCGAGCCAUAGUCCAGUUCCUGGAGGUGAACCAGAGCGAGGAAGCGAGUCGUGGCUGGAUGCUGCUGACCACCAUCAACCUGCUGGCCUCCUCUGGACAGAAAACAGUGGACUGCAUGACAACCAUGUCCGUACCCUCCACCCUGGUCAAAUGCCUCUACCUGUUCUUUGACCUGCCCCAUAUGGCCGAAGCCCCAGUGGGCCCCACCCCGCAGCCGCCACAACCCCCACCCAACCAGGAGAAGACUCCGAGCCAGGCCCACACUCAGCCGGAGCUGCCGCUGGCCGACCGUCGAGCGCUGCUCCAGAAAGUCUUUGUCCAGAUCCUGGUGAAGCUGUGCACCUUUGUGUCUCCGGCGGAGGAGCUGGCCCAGAAGGACGACCUGCAGCUGCUGUUCAGUGCCAUCACCUCUUGGUGUCCUCCUCACAACCUGCCCUGGAGGAGGAGCGCAGGCGAGGUGCUCACCACCAUCUCCCGACACGGACUCAGCGUCAACGUGGUCAAAUACAUCCACGAGAAGGAAUGUCUGUCCACAUGUGUCCAGAACAUGCAGCAGUCGGACGACCUCUCCCCGCUGGAGAUCGUGGAGAUGUUCGCCGGCCUCUCCUGCUUCCUCAAAGACUCCAGCGACGUUUCGCAGACGCUGCUGGACGACUUCAGGAUGUGCCAGGGUUACGCCUUCCUCUGCGACCUCAUGCUCAGACUGGAACAGGCUAAGGAGGAUGAGUCUAAAGACGCGCUGAAGGAUCUGGUCAACCUGGUCACCUGUCUGUGCACAUACGGGGUGACGGAGCUGAAACCUGCUGGUCUCACCACUGGCGCCCCCUUCUUGCUGCCAGGGUUCGUUCUCCCACAACCAUCUGGGAAAGGUCACACAGUUCGGAACAUCCAGGCCUUUUCGGUGCUGCAGAACGCCUUCCUGAGGGCCAAAACCAGCCGCCUGGCCUGCAUGCUGCUGGACGCCAUCGGGAACAUCUACGCCGCUGAGCCGGCCAACUACUUCAUCCUGGAGUCGCAGCACACUUUGUCGCAGUUUGCUGAGCGCGUGGCUAAGCUGCCUGAGGUUCAGACCAAGUACUUUGAGUUGCUGGAGUUUGUGGUGUUCAGUCUGAACUACGUGCCGUGUAAGGAGCUGUUCAGCGUGUGCGUGCUGCUGAAGUCCAGCACGUCGCUCUCCUGCAGCAUCACCGCCGUCAGAACGCUGCUGAAGCUGGCCAGGCACGACCCCGUGUUCAGCGACGUGCUGCGGGAGGUCGGCCUGCUGGAAGUCAUGGUCAACCUGCUGCACAAGUACGCAGCCUUGCUCAAAGACCCGACGUCACAACAGCAGCCGCAAAACAACGACCAAGCUGACUGUAAGAACAACCCGAUAGCGGAGGAGCAGAAGCUGCUGGCCUGGCUGGUGAUGGAGACUCUGACGGUGCUGCUGCAGGGCUCCAACACCACCAACACCAACGCAGCUCUGUUCAGAGAGUUCGGCGGCGCUCGCUGCGUCCACAACAUCGUGAAGUACCGCCAGUGUCGAGAACACGCCCUGCUAAUCAUCCAGCAGCUCGUGUUGUCGCCCAGCGGCGACGACGACAUGGGAACGCUGUUGGGCCUCAUGCACUCGGCACCAUCCAGCGAGCUGCAGCUGAAGACCGACAUUCUGCGGGCUUUGUUGGCCGUGCUGCGUGAGAGUCACCGCACCCGCACGGUGUUCCGCAAAGUGGGCGGCUUCGUGUACAUCACCUCCCUCCUGGUGGCCAUGGAGCGCUCGCUGUGCCAGCCGCCGCGGCAUGGCUGGGAGCGGGUCAACCAGAACCAGGUCUUUGAGCUCCUGCACACCGUGUUCUGCACGCUCACUGCCGCCAUGCGCUACGAGCCGGCCAACUCGCACUUCUUCCGCACCGAAAUCCAGUACGAGAAGCUGGCCGAUGCCGUGAGGUUGCUGGGUUGUUUCUCUGAAACGAAGAAGCUGGGCCCAACCGGAGUGUUCCCGUCCAACGCUCAGCCCUUCCAGAGGCUGCUGGAGGACGAGGCGUCCUCCGCAGGCUGCGCUGGAGACAGCGUCUGUCCCACGCUCAAGCACUGCAGCAAGCUCUUCAUUUACCUCUACAAGAUGGCCACCGACUCUUUCGACAGUCGUGCAGAGCAGGUGCCUCCAUGCCUGACUCAUGAAACCUCGCUGCCCUCACCGUGGGGUACGCCUGCACUCGCCAGAAAGAGGCACGGUUACUACGGCACGUCGGGUUCUUCCGCCCCGGUCAAAGCCCUGACGGACCUCAAACUCCACCUGGUGAACCCGUCCCACCCUGCCUCCUUCUCAUCCUCGUCCGACAUGGUGGUCAUCCACCCUGGGGCCGUUCUGGCCAUGUUGGACCUGCUGCCCUCCGUCUCCUCCGAGAGCCAACCCGAGCAUGCCCUGGACCUCCAGCUCGCCGUUGCCAACAUCCUGCAGCUCCUGGUGAACAGCGAGCGGAACCAGCAGGUGUUGUGUGAGGCCUGCCUCCACCAGCGGCUGCUGCAGCGCUGCAGCCAGGCGCUCGGCGAUGAAGACCACCCGCUGCACCCGCCGCUGCAGCGGAUGUUUGAGAGGCUGGCCUCGCAGGCGCUGCAGCCCGUCGCACUCAGGGAAUUUUUACGUCUGGGAAACCCUCUGAACUGCGGCGCCUGGGACAAGAAGCUCCUGAAGCAGUACCGGGUCCACAAGCCCAGCUCCCUCGGCUACGACGCAGACAUGAGAAACAGCAUGACCAUGUCCAUGGAGGGCUUUGGCCCCGACAGCGUCUUCACCACGCCGGCUGAGGACAACGGCCAGUACCGCAUCAGCCGCAGCCUGGUGCGCUCCGCCGAGGACAGCACCGUGCCCCUCACCCGAGUCAAGUGCCUGGUCUCCAUGACGACGCCCCACGACAUCCGCCUGCACGGGUCGGCCGUCACGCCGGCGUUCGUGGAGUUUGACACGUCGCUGGAGGGAUUUGGGUGUCUGUUUCUGCCCAGCCUGGCGCCCCACAACGCCCCCACCAGCAACGCCACCGCGUCCGGGGUCAACGAUGGAGCCGUUCUCAGCGGCAUGGGGACUGGUGAGCGCCUGUUUCCCCCGCCGUCCGGCCUCAGCUACUCCACCUGGUUUUGCGUGGAGCGGUUCAGCGCGGUCCCCCAGGCCCACCAGGUGCGGCUGCUGACGGUGGUGCGGCGGGCCACCUCCUCGGAGCAGCACUUCGUUUGCCUGGCCGUGGUUCUGUCCGCCAAGGACCGCUCGCUCACCGUCUCCACCAAGGAAGAGCUGCUGCAGACAUACUCAGCGGACGAGACGAGCGAAGAGGCCUCUUUCUACGAGAUCCUGCCGUGCUGCGCCCGUUUCCGCUGUGGAGAGCUGAUCGCCGAGGGCCAGUGGCACCACCUGGUGCUCGUCAUGAGCAAAGGCAUGCUGAAAAACAGCACGGCCACGCUGUACCUGGACGGCCAGCUCAUCAGCACCGUCAAGAUUCACUACAUCCACAGCACUCCGGGCGGCUCGGGCUCCACCAACCCCCCUGUGGUGAGCACCGUUUACGGGUACAUCGGCACGCCGCCCGCGCAGCGCCAGCUGUCCAGCCUGGUGUGGCGUCUGGGUCCCAGCCACUUCCUGGAGGAGGUUUUACCAGCCACCAGCGUGGCCGCCAUCUUUGAACUGGGACCAAACUAUGUGGGCAGCUUUCAGGCCGUCUACUUGCCCUGCAAAGACACAAAGACGGAGGUUGCGCCUGCCAUUCCGGUGGCUCUGAUACCAGAGGAGAAAGUGUCUUUCAGCCUCUAUGGACUCUCCGUCUCGACGCUAACUGUGGCUAAAAUCAGGAAAGUUUACAACAAACUGGACAGCAAAGCCAUCGCCAAGCAGCUCGCUGUGUCCUCCCAUGAAAACGCCACUCCUGUCAAGCUGAUUCAUAACGCUGCAGGCCACCUCAACGGGCCCGCUCGUACCGUUGGCGCCAUCGUCAUCGGAUAUUUAGGUGUCCGUACGUUCGUUCCCAAACCUGUCGCCACCAACCUGCAGUACGUUGGCGGCGCCGCGGCCAUCCUGGGCCUGGUUGCCAUGGCGUCGGAUGUGGAGGGGCUCUAUGCGGCUGUCAAAGCAUUGGUGUGUGUUGUGAAGAGCAACCCUCUGGCCAGUAAGGAGAUGGAGCGCAUCAAUGGCUACCAGUUGCUAGCUAUGCUGCUAAAGAAGAAGCGCUCGCUGCUCAACAGCCACAUCCUCCACCUCACCUUCUCUCUGGUGGGAACGGUGGACAGCGGCCAUGAAACCUCCAUCAUUCCCAACUCCACUGCUUUUCAGGACUUACUGUGUGACUUUGAGGUUUGGCUUCACGCCCCCUACGAACUCCACCUGUCUCUCUUUGAGCAUUUUAAUGAGCUGCUGACAGAGUCCAGUGAAGCAGCAAAAAACGCUAAACUGCUGCGGGAGUUUCAGCUGAUCCCCAGGUUGCUGCUGACGCUGCGCGACACGUCGCUGUCGCAGCCAACGGUGGCGGCCAUCAGCAACGUCCUCAGCCUGCUGCUGCAAGGCUUCCCCAACCCAUACGACCUGCUCAGGUUUGGCCAGUUCAUCUCCUCGACUCUCCCCACUUUCGCUGUGUGUGAGAAGUUUGUUGUCAUGGAAAUCAACAACGAGGAGAAGAUUGAUGGAGGUAACGACGACGAUUUCAGCGGCCUCCUGUCAGCCAGUCUGAUCUUGCUGAGGAAUCGACUUUUGGACAAUUUGCUUAAGCUGCUUUUCACUACGAAGGAGAAAUGCACAGUUAACGUCCAGGCGUGCGAGGAGUUUGUGCGAACGCUGGGCUUCGAUUGGCUGCUGAUGUUUAUGGAGGAGCAUCUGCACUCGACCACGGUGACAGUGGCGCUGCGGAUCCUGGUGGUGCUGCUGUCCAACCAGCCCAUCCUGAACCGGUUCAGGGAGGGCUUGAGUGGAGGCGGCUGGCUGGACCACACCGACUCCGUCCUGACCAAUAAGAUCGGCACGGUCCUGGGCUUCAACGUCGGCCGCAGUGCCGGUGGACGGUCCACAGUGCGAGAGAUCAACAAGGACGCCUGCCAUUUCCCAGGUUUCCCUGUUCUGCAGACGCUGCUGCCCAAACACACGAAUGUUCCUGAGCUCUACUUCCUGCUUAUGGCUCUCUUCCUGCAGCAGCCUGUCACUGAGUUGCCAGACAGCCUGCAGGUACAUUUUGACCUGGAUUCCAUCUGGACGUUCAUCUUCGGGAUGCCGGCCUCCAGUGGGGCGGUGGUCGGCUCCAUCCACAGCGUUUGCAACGAAGCCGCCUUCCUGCUGCUGGCCAUGCUGCGCAGCAUGCUCAAUCUGCCCUGGCAGUCUGAGGAGGAAGGCUCCUGGCUCCGGGAGUACCCGGUUACCCUCAUGCAGUUCUUUAGGUACCUUUACCACAACGUGGCCGACCUCGCCCCGAUGUGGCACAGCCCGGAGUUCCUCUGCGCUCUGGCGGCCACGGUCUUCCCCUUUAACAUCAGGCCGUACUCCGAGAUGGUGAGCGAUUUGGACGACGAAGCCGGUUCUCCCGCCGAAGAGUUCAAGGCCUUUGCCGGGGACACCGGUAUGAACCGCAGCCAGUCUGAAUACUGCAACGUGGGCUCCAAAACCUCCCUGACGAACCACCCCGCCAAAAAAUAUGUCUUCGACUUCAUGAGGGUCCUGAUCAUGGACAACAUGUGCAUGACCCCCGCCAGCAAGCAGACGCCCAUCAUAGACAUGCUGCUGGAGGCCUCCCCGGAUCGCUCCACCAGAACCCAGCAGAAGGAGUUUCAGUCCAGCAUCCUGGACGGCGUCAUGGAGCAUCUUCUGGCUGCAGACGUCCUUCUAGGUGAAGACGCCUCGCUGCCGCUCAGCACCGGCGGCAGUUAUCAGAUCCUGGUCAACAACGUCUUCUACUUCACCCAGAGAGUCGUGGACAAGCUGUGGCAGGGAAUGUUCAACAAGGACUCCAAGCUGGUGGUGGACUUCAUCGUGCAGCUGAUUGGACAGUCCAAGAGGCGGUCCCAGGGUCUCUCUCUCGACACCAUCUACCACUGCCUGAACCGGACCGUGCUUUACCAGCUCUGUCGACCCCACAAGACGGUGGCCCAGCAGGUGGCGCUGCUGGACGCCUUGCGUGUCCUGACCGUCAACCGCAAUCUGGUGCUGGGGCCCGGAAACCACGACCAGGACUUUGUGGCCUGUCUGGCUCACUGCUUCAUCUGCCUGCACAGCGGGAGCAGCGUGGAGGGCUUCGGUCUGGAGGCGGAGGCCAGGAUGACCACCUGGCACGUCAUGAUGCCGGCGGAGAACGAAACCGACUCGACGCACAGCCAUGACGUCAGCGAGGGACGACAGCUGCUGCUGAAGGCCGUGAACCGCGUCUGGACGGAGCUGAUGCACAGCAAGCGGCAGAUGCUGGAGGACAUCUUCAAAGUGUCUCUGCCCUGCAAUGACAGAGGACACGUGGACAUCAGCACGGCCCGGCCCGCUCUGGAGGAACCGGCCCUGAAGAGCUGGCAGAACCACCUGGCCCAUGAGAAAAAGUGCAUCAGUCGCGGCGAAGCCGCAGCGCCUGCAGCCCAGUCCAAGCUGUCGCGGGUCAGCAGCGGCUUCGGCCUGUCGAAGCUGACCGGAGUGCGGCGCAACAAGAAGGAGAACAGCCUGAACAAAAACAGUCCGUCUGCACAGGAAACGUUCCAGUGGAUGUUCACCCACAUUGCCGUCGUUAGGGACCUUGUCGCUAUGCAGUACAAAGAACAUCAAGAGCGACAGCAGAACGCCCUGAAGUACGUGACGGAGGAGUGGGCGGCCAUCGAGUACGAGCUGCUGCGCGAGCGCGGCCUCUGGGGGCCGCCCAUCGGCUCCCACCUGGACAAGUUCACGCUGGAGAUGACAGAAGGGCCGUGCCGCAUGAGGAAGAAGAUGGUCCGCAACGACAUGUUCUACAUCCACUACCCGUACAUCCCUGAGACCGAGACCAACACCAACUCUGCUCAGCCUUUCUCCCCACCUCUGGUGCCCCUCUUCCCCUCAGCUCAGAAGCCGCUCCGGUACCGCCGGGCCAUCAGCUACGACAGCAAGGAGUACUACAUGCGGCUCCUGUCUGGAAACCCGGGGAUGUACCAGCACUCCGUGGAGCACAGCACGGAGGGAGAGACGGCGCAGCACGAGCCGGAGCACGGAGAGGACACCAUCGCUAGGGUCAAAGGUCUGGUGAAGGCUCCUCUGAAGAGAUCUCGCUCCACAGCCGACGGCGCAGACGAGGACAGCCAGGAGCAGCUUCAGGACCAGCUGCUGGAGUCUGGAGGUCCAGAAGAAGAACAGAGGACCGACAACACGUCCCUGCUGCGCCUCCUGGAGGAGGGAGAGAAGAUCCAGCACAUGUACCGCUGUGCCAGAGUGCAGGGCCUGGACACCAGUGAGGGUCUGCUGCUGUUCGGGAAGGAGCAUUUCUACGUCAUCGACGGCUACACCAUGACCGUCUCCAGGGAGAUCAGGGACAUCGACACCCUGCCGCCCAAUUUGCACGAGGCCAUUAUUCCCAGAGGGGCGCGGCAGGGCCAGAGCCAGCUGAAGAGAACCUGCAGCAUCUUUGCUUACGAAGACAUCAAGGAGGUUCACAAGCGGCGCUACCUGCUGCAGCCGAUGGCGGUGGAAGUUUUCUCAGCCGAUGGAAGAAACUACUUGUUGGCUUUCCAGAAGGGCGUUCGCAACAAAGUUUAUCAAAGGUUCUUGGCGGUUGUGCCGUCGCUGGCUGACAGCUCAGAGUCGGUUUCAGGUCAGAGGCCCAACACCAGCGUCGAACAAGGGUCUGGACUUCUCAGCACUCUGGUUGGUGAGAAAUCAGUCACUCAAAGAUGGGAGCGAGGUGAGAUCAGUAACUUUCAGUACCUGAUGCAUCUGAACACGCUGGCGGGACGCUCGUACAACGACCUGAUGCAGUACCCGGUUUUCCCCUGGAUCCUGGCCGACUUCGAUGCAGAGGAGUUGGACCUGAACAACCCAAAGACGUUCCGAAACCUGGCCAAGCCGAUGGGCGCCCAGACUGACGACCGGCUCACGCAGUACAAGAAGAGAUACAAAGACUGGGAGGAUCCCAACGGUGAAACCCCAGCGUACCACUACGGGACCCACUACUCCUCCGCCAUGAUCGUUGCCUCAUAUUUGGUCCGGAUGGAGCCAUUCACGCAGAUUUUCCUCAGACUUCAGGGAGGUCACUUUGACCUUGCAGACAGGAUGUUCCACAGCGUCCGGGAGGCGUGGCUCUCCGCCUCCAAACACAACAUGGCCGACGUCAAGGAGCUGAUCCCAGAGUUCUUCUACCUACCCGAGUUCCUGCUGAACUCUAAUAACUUUGAUCUGGGUGCCAAGCAGAACGGCACCAAGCUGGGUGACGUCAUCCUCCCAACGUGGGCCAAAGGUGACCCUCGGGAGUUCAUCAGAGUCCACAGAGAGGCGCUGGAGUGCGACUACGUCUCCGCUCACCUCCAUGAGUGGAUCGACUUGAUCUUCGGCUACAAGCAGCAGGGGCCGCCGGCCGUGGAGGCCGUCAACGUCUUCCACCACCUGUUCUACGAGGGUCAGGUGGACAUCUACAACAUCAACGACCCGCUGAAGGAGACGGCCACCAUCGGCUUCAUCAACAACUUCGGACAAAUCCCCAAGCAGCUGUUUAAGAAACCUCAUCCUCCCAAACGCGUUCGCAGUAAAACCAACGGCGACCUAGCAGCCGUUCCGUCGAACUCCAACAACGACAAAAUCUUUUUCCAUCAUCUGGACAACCUCAGACCUUCUCUUGCUCCUGUCAAAGAGUUGAAGGAGCCUGUGGGACAGAUCGUUUGCACUGAUAAAGGCAUCCUGGCUGUGGAGCAAAACAAAGUUCUGGUUCCACCCACCUGGAGCAAAACGUUCGCCUGGGGCUACGCCGACCUCAGCUGUCGCUUGGCCAACUACGAGUCCGACAAGGCCCUGGUAGUGUACGAGUGUCUGUCAGAGUGGGGUCAGAUCCUUGGCGCCAUCUGCCCCAACCCGAAACUCGUCAUCACCGGGGGGACGAGCACCGCCAUCUGCGUGUGGGAGACGGGAAGCUCCAAGGAGAAGGCCAAGUCUCUGACGCUCAAACAGGCAUUACUCGGCCACACGGACGCCGUGACCUGUCUGACCGCGUCGUCGGCGUACCGCAUCGUCGUCAGCGGCUCCCGGGAUCGGACCUGCAUCAUCUGGGACCUAAACAAGCUCUCCUUCGUCACGCAGCUGCGUGGACACCGUGCGCCCGUCUCCGCACUGUGCAUCAACGAGCUAACAGGCGACAUCGUCUCCUGCGCGGGAACCUACAUCCAUGUGUGGAGCAUCAACGGCAGCCCCAUCGCCAGCGCCAAUACCUUCACCGGCCGCAGCCAGCAGAUCCUCUGCUGCUGCGUGUCCGAGAUGAACGAGUGGGACACGCAGAACGUCAUCGUCACUGGACACUCCGACGGAGUCGUCAGGUUUUGGAGAAUGGAGUUCCUACAAGUCCCAGAAACCCCUGCGCCAGAGCCAGUGGAGCCCGACGUGUCCGACUGCUGCACAGAUGAGAAGAUUGAGGGCGCUGAGAGUAACAAUGGUGACGAUGACAGCAGUGAGUCAGAAGGAGAGGAACCGGCGGCGCUGCGCAACCCUUCGACCAGCGGAGGCAGUGGCAGCCAGCCGGGCAGCGCCGUCCACCGACCCAGAGGUCCGUCAUCUAGAGCCGGAGCGUCUUGGUCGAUGGACAGCGGCUCUGACGACUCUCACCGCUGGUCGGACACACUCAGCAUCGACGAGAAGGACGGCUUCGUGUUCGUCAACUACUCCGAGGGCCAAACCAAAGGCCCCCUGCCUUUGUCGACUCACCCAGCCCAGACGUCCCUCCCUCAGCCUGUCCAUCCGCCGGCCCCCGAGCCGCGGACCUACAACCAGCUCAAAGCAGGAUACAGAUGGGAGCGUCAGCUGGUCUUCCGGAGCAAACUCACCAUGCACACAGCGUUCGAUCGCAAGGACAACGCCCAUCCGGCUGAGAUCACCUCCCUCUCCAUCUCCAAGGAUCACAGUAAGAUCCUGGUUGGAGACGGGCGCGGCCGAGUCUUCAGCUGGUCGGUGAGCGACCAGCCCGGCCGCUCGGCGGCUGACCACUGGGUGAAGGACGAGGUGGUGGACAGCUGCUCCGGCUGCACCGUCCGCUUCUCCCUGACGGAGCGACGCCACCACUGCAGGAACUGCGGGCAGCUCUUCUGUCAGCGGUGUAGUCGCUUCCAGUCGGAAAUUAAAAGGCUGAAGAUUUCAUCUCCAGUGCGAGUUUGUCAGAACUGCUACUACAACCUUCAGCACGAGCGAAGCAUCGACGACGACGGCGGUGCCAAAAACUGAUAGGUUAGCAAACCGCCUGGAUCCCUUCAUCUGCCCUCCGUGUGACCUGAAACCUCCCAGAAUCCCUAUCCUCUCAAGCGCCAGAAUGUUUGAUUUGCACGGAGAUCGGAACCGGAUCGAAAUGAAAAUGUGGGAAAGAAACUCAGCCAUCACUUUAACUACAUGUACUCAUCAUCCGGAGGGGGAAAACAUAACCAAGCAGCUAAUCUGAAUCAAUCCCCCACCAUUUCCGAAGAUACUCCUCCUCCUCCUUCUGUUACCAUUAAAAAAAAAAAAGACUUGUUCAUAGUGUAAAUACGUAACCACGGCCUUUUUAACUCUGCAAACACAAAAAUGAAGGUCAUCUAGAAAAACAACAGCUUGCUUGUAACUUAGCGAUGUGACUAACCACUCCUUGCUUUAAAACAAAACUACAGAUUGUGUGUAACCUGCGUCACAAGCCACAGUGAGUAGAGAAGACGUACGGAGGGAUAUGAAUGUCAAAACUUUGUUUGUGGGUGGAGUUAUGCAAAAAUCACCUUUUUUUAUAUAUAUAAAAAUAAUUUCCAGAUCACGUUGUUGUUUACAAAAUGUGAGAUCGAACAUAAAAUCACAAUUUUUUUGCCAAAUAGUUUUGUUUUUUCAGCCUAUCAUCUGCUCUGUCCUUCGUCGUUUUCAGUUUGGAGGUUGCUGUAUUUUUUUAUCAUGGUUGCUGCUGCGCUCUGAAGACUGGAUCAGUUCAGAUUUUUAAACAUAUCAGUUUUAUUCUUUUUGUUUAUACGAGUUUAUCCAAAAAGGCGGAGAUUUGUUUUAAAAUGUGAAUUUAUUCUCCGACAUCCACAUUGCAGUCAAAGCAGCUUUUUAGAAGGACACAGAAAAGGGACAUCUUUAUUUUUACAUCUCUCUACACAAUCUGUUUUUAAUUCUUCUAGCUGCAGCCUAAUUUAAGAGAAGACCUUGAUUAUCCCUCAACAAUAUCCGUUAUAUUUAAAAAGUUGGGCAAAAACAGCUGAACUGGAUUAAAAAUGCAUUUUUAAAUGCCAAUUUAUGAUUUUAUGUUUGAUUUCGGUGGUGAAAUGUUGCCCAGCAGAGAUGGUGUGGAAGACUUUAAAGGGACAAUAAAUGCAGCUAGUGUUUUCUAUACAGCCAAAGCUUUUAUUUCAGCUCCAAUGUCACCAAAAACAUGGAAAGCUGCAGCAUUUUGACACAUUUCCGUAACAAAGGCGCCAUAUUUAUUCCUUUGAUGGUCCGGUUUUUAAUCUCCUCAAACUUAAACGACAAAAUUUUUGAAUUCACGGCUUAGAUAAAGUUUUUUUUACAUAUAUCCCCUAUAUGUAAUUCCUAUAUAAUUUGUACACCCCAUAUACACAUAUGUAUAGGAAGUACAAAUAUCUUGGGCUCCCUCAGAAUUGGCUUAAGAGUUUUGCUCAUUCUGCCCACAACGCCAAUAUUGAAAAGCAAAAGUAGUAAGGAAUAUCUAAGAGAGCCUUUCUGACUGAAGACUGAAUGGUGUUUUUAAAUAGAAAGGUCAUAAAAAAGCUUCAUGAUGGUUUUUCUGUACAAUUUCAUCCAAUGUCUGCAUUGGAUUAACAGAAUUAAACUAAUGUUGCUCUCAGUUACUGUCAACUAAGUGCUUUCCCCCACAUUUUAUACUUACUAUAGAAUUGUUUCAUUUAAAAUUUUAACAAAUUCACCUUGUAGAAAUUUAUUUUAUAAAUAAAUUUCCUUUUUUGUUUGUUUUUCAAAGGGCCUUGAAAAAUCUUUUUGUUGUUGGCCAGUGGUGUCCAAACUUUAAACCUGUGGCUGAAACUGACAAAUUUAAAUUACAGGCUGCCCACAGAUUUCAUUGAAUUGUAAAUGAAAAAAAAAAAAAAAAGAAGAAAGGUUGAGAUUUUUUUUUAUAAACUUUUUUAAAAUUAUUAUUCUGUAAAACUAUUAAAGAUCCAAAAAAUGAAUUUAGGAUUAUUACCUUAUUAAAAGAAAAACAAAAAUGUUUUAAUUGAUGGUUAAAACAUUAAUUGCUUUUACCAUUUUUGAUUUGUAGUCAGGGGCCAAACAAAAUCAUUUCAAGGCCCACAAAUGGCCCAUGGACCACGCUUUGGACCCCCCUUGACAAAAGGCAGUUUUUUGGAGCAUAAAGAUAAAUCUAAAUCUAAAAUAAUCUUAUCUUGUUUUUAAUUUCUUCAACGAUUCUAUUAAUUUAAAUGAAGUUGUUUAAUUGCAAAGUUUUAAGUCAAGAACUAUCUUCAAUUAUCCUAUCAAUUUAUUUUUUACUCCUUUUCUUUCCUCUUUUCUCCCAUUUAUUCCAGCGCUGCUUCAUUUGAAGAACUUUCAUCCGUUUGGUUUCCACCAACCCUCGUUUUGGUCCUAAAAACACACACACACACACACACACACACACUCCUGCUAGCUUUCAUCGUUACCGUACUGUAACUUAGUGCAAUCAUCAUCACCGUCUCGCAGAAGAGGCCCAACUUCUUUGCACCUUGUAGAAAAAAAAGCAAAGAGGAAUCAUGAGUUUUGACUGAAGCAGGUUUACGUUGUCAUUUCAGCAGAGAGGUGCAUUUCACUGCAGAUUAAUGAACUGUACAGAGUAUUUAUGCAAUUAUAACUGGUUUUAGAUUUUUUUUAAUGAUUUCAGCAAGUUUUGUUACUUGUUGCAUGUUUUAUUAACACAGCUGACUUUCUGUGUCAGUGUAUUAUUGUACAUGUUAGGUUUUUUUUUUCCUGCUGGAUUUCUGCUUUUGUUUUUAUCUCUGAGGCAUUGCCUGAUGAGCGGCCGACUGGUCCCGUUCCCGGCGUCGGGUGGACUUUUGUACUCUUUACGGAAAAAAACUACAAACUAAUUACGAAACGAGGAAGGAAAAAAAAAACUGAAAAAAAUCCUGGAUUAUUUUGGUGGUCUUGUAUUAGACUGCGUUACUACAGUAUCUGGUGUGCAAUCUGUGAUAGCUGAAUGUUCCUUGUGUCUUUGUGUUCACUACAUCCUAAGAGAGAAAAAUAAAGAAAUAGUAGAAUAACACCCACGUCAAUGUCAACGGAGCAAAAUGGUUCAAUAAUGCAGUAGAGCUGGUACUUAUUCCUUUUCAUUUCAGUUCAAUAAAUAAUUGCUGUUUACCACCGAA